CCGGUCUCGCUUGGGCUUAGUUGCAACAUUAGUUUUUUUGUUUUGUUUUUUUUAAAUCAAAGUAAUUAACCAGUGUAUAUAUCUACAUAUAUACAUAUCUCCUGUCUCUUUGUCCCUGCUCUCCUCUCCUCUCCUCUCAUGCCGCUUCGGCUCCAGAGAAGCGGCUCCUCUUGACGGACCGAGCCGAGCCGAGCCGGAUCCUCCAUGAACAUGGCGAGCAUCGGGGACGCGGACCCCUUCACCGCCGCGAUACCUGCCACCAAAGUUGAGCUGACUGUGUCCUGCAGGAACCUGCUGGAUCGAGACACGUUCUCCAAGUCUGAUCCAAUUUGUGUUCUGUACACUCAAGGGAUCGCCAACAGAGAGUGGAGAGAGUUUGGCAGGACAGAAGUCAUAGACAACACCCUCAACCCCGACUUUGUCCGCAAAUUCAUCGUGGACUACUUCUUCGAGGAGAGGCAGAAUCUUCGUUUUGACCUGUACGACUUGGACUGCAAGAGUGACAACCUCUCUAAACACGACUUCUUGGGCCAGGCUUUCUGUACGUUGGGUGAAAUCGUCGGCUCCCUGGGAAGCCGCCUGGAAAAACCACUGAUUGGAAUUCCAGGAAAGAAAUGUGGCACCAUCAUCAUUAGAGCAGAGGAGCUGAGCAACUGCAGGGAGUCGGUGAUGCUUCAGUUUUGUGGCAACAAGUUGGAUAAGAAGGACUUCUUCGGCAAAUCGGAUCCUUUCCUCGUGUUUUACCGCAGCAACGAAGACGGGUCCUACACCAUCUGCCACAAAACAGAAGUGGUGAAGAAUACCCUGGACCCGGUGUGGCAGGCUUUCAAAAUUCCCGUCAGGGCGCUGUGCAACGGAGACUAUGACAGGAGCAUUAAGGUGGAAGUUUAUGACUGGGACAGAGAUGGAGGACAUGACUUCAUCGGCGAGUUCAGCACCAGCUACAGAGAAAUGUGCAGAAGCCAAUCACAGUUUCACAUCUAUGAGGUGCUAAAUCCCAAAAAGAAAGGGAAGAAGAAGAAGAAGUACCAAAACUCAGGAACGGUGACCCUCCUGUCCUGCCUGGUGGACACUGAGCUGUCCUUCCUGGACUACAUCAGAGGCGGGACACAGAUUAAUUUCACGGUGGCGAUUGAUUUCACGGCAUCAAACGGCAACCCAUCCCAGCCCACCUCGCUCCAUUACAUGAGCCCGUACCAGCUGAAUGACUACGCCAUGGCCCUGCGCGCCAUCGGGGAGAUCAUCCAGGAUUACGACAGCGACAAGUUGUUUCCUGCGCUGGGCUUUGGUGCCAAGCUCCCACCAGACGGACGUGUCUCCCACGAGUUCCCCCUGAACGGUAACCCUCAGAACCCGUACUGCAGCGGCAUUGACGGCGUGAUGGAGGCCUACUACCAGAGCCUGAAGAGUGUGCGUCUGUACGGCCCCACCCACUUCUCCCCUGUUAUCAACCAUGUGGCCAGGUAUGCAUCGGCGGUGACGGACGGAUCGCAGUACUUCAUCCUUCUCAUCAUUUCGGACGGCGUGAUCACUGACAUGGCGCAGACCAAGGAGUCCAUUGUCAAUGCCGCGUCUCUGCCAAUGUCGAUUAUAAUAGUUGGAGUUGGACCGGCAGAAUUUGAUGAAAUGAUUGAGCUGGAUGGGGACGAAGAGAGGAUCUCAUCGCAGGGACGAUAUGCAGAGAGGGACAUCGUUCAGUUUGUUCCUUUCAGAGACUACAUCGACCGGCGAGGAAACCACAUCCUGAGCAUGGCUCGUCUGGCUAAAGAAGUGCUCGCCGAAAUCCCCGACCAGUUUCUCUCCUACAUGAGGACCCGAGGGAUCAAACCCGGCCCCCAGCCGCCACCUUACACUCCGUGUCCGCCCCCGGCCGUCCACCCGCUCCACACCAGACGGGGCUUGUUCCCGUCGCACCGCCGCCAACGCUGCUACGCUCCGCCGCAGACGAACCCGUCACCACCUGAGAUCUUCCGUCCUUCCGCUCCGCCCACCUCGGCUCCAGCAGGCAGCGGCGCUCCCUGGGGGUCGGGUCAAAUCAAAAUGCAGCAGGGACUCCAUCCAGCCUUACUGUUAGCGUCAGCAAACAUUCACUGGCAUCGUCCCCUCUGCACCACGGCUUCUGGAAAUGAGGAUCUCCAAGCCCAGCAGUCAAAAACACACACACACACACACACACCUCUCAUUACAGAGUCUCUGGCUGUGAGCUGUGAUCUUCAGCGCCGGUAUUUUGGUGAAAAUAAGUCUGCACUUCAGAGGCAUGGCUGUGUUUUGGUUACGUCUCUCUACCUCUUACUUUACUCUGUACAAAAUGUAAAUGUCAUUUCUUUUCUUGUGAACAAGUCUUGUGAGUUAUAUUAGUUAAAGACGCAGUCUGUCAGUUUUAUUUUUAAAAAAUGCUUUCUGUUUUUCACAUAUUUAUUGAAACUGUCACGGUGUUGUGACAAUUUAUUUUGAGAAAGAUAAUCUGAACACAUCGACCUCCUCCACCUCCUCCCUGAGCUGCUGUUGCUGUCUGAAGAAAUGCAGCGCUCCCCACCAAAAACAACCAAUCAGAGCCAGGAGGCGGGUCUUAGUGUUGUCACUCAUGCUCAUGUACUCACUGCUAAACGGGCUAAUGGCAGAGAAACAAGUUACCGUUACAGAAAAACAGUUCAUCCGCUGUCAUUGGUGGCCAUGCUAACUAGCAUUAGCCUUCGCUACUUUAUUGUAGCAGAUAGAAAAUGGGGAGAGAGAAGAGUAUGAUCAUUAGGAUGAUUGACAGCACUAAUCCCCGCCUCCUGGCUCCGAUUGGUUGUUUUUAGUUCGCACUAGAGGAGGAGGAGGCGGAGGAGCUUAAUUUUUUGAUUUCAUAAUCUGCCUCUUUCUAUGCUGCCGCGAAAUGGUGACAGUUUCAAUAAAUAUGUAAGCAACUAUUUUCAUAAAAGUUACGUAUUGCAGCUUUAACCAGGAACACGGUUAUUGCCAAAUUCUCUAAAACCUCUCAUGCCAAUGUGUUUGCAAUCAGAGCAGGCAUCAACACACGGUAAAGAACUGAUAACCAGCCAACGAAACUCAAACUCCUUAUCCAGAGGGAAGUCACGCAGCGCUCCGUGAAAAGGUUUUCACUUUCAUUUCAAAUUUAAACGUUUAAAUGAUCAGAUAGACUUUAAUAUCAGGCAAAGAUAACCCGAGUAAUUAGAAAAUUGUGUUAUUUUCAAAUGAUGCAAUCCUUCAUUAAGUGAAAAACAUUAUCCCGGCCCAAUGCGAAAAAAUAAUUGCACCCUAAAACUAGUAAUUGGUUGCGGCAACACCUGGCGUCAAGCCUCUGUAAUAACUGGCUGCAUGUCUGCCUCAGUGCUGUGAAGGAAAUGUACAUAAAACUGUCCUGUUAAAGCAACAAACGGACUUCCAGACAACCUCCUUAAGGAUUUCUUGCUAAAGAUCUUGGUUCCAUCAUCAGAGGCCCGGAAGCAGCAAAGUAGGACAAAACCCUCCAUCAUGAGCGUCUGAUGUUCUGCUUCUGAAAUGCUGUCAGUUUUAAGCGGGUCUUCUCUGCGAGCGUAGGUUUUAGGUUUGGAUAUGUUGUUUUUGAAGUGUUUGCUCAGGUUAUUUUUGCCUGACGUUGAAAUUAGUCUGACGAGCCUCAAGGAGGCGUCUACCUAAAGCUGAUGUGCCAAUGUCAAACUUUUAAAGAGGAGUGAAACAAGUUAAAGUGACUCGAUUCAAGUUGUUUAAAAAAAGAAAAAAGUCCCAAAAUCCUAACAAAAAUUUUUAAAAACUUUAAAUUGGAGAAAAUCUGUCAGUGGGUUUUUAUAAACCAGCGUUUACACUUUUUUUUGGCUGCCAUGUCAGCAAUUAUAACUAUUUGGAGCCAGAAAUCUGAGGGGCGAAAACAGCACUUAACACCCAGAGAAAGAGGUGUCAACAUGUUCUUUGAUUUUUUUAUUCUUAUUUUCUUCUUCUAAAUAUAAAAUAAAGGAAGCAUCGCGAGGUCAGCUGAACUACGGCAGCGUGGGAAACACAGACUGCGUCACAUUUGUCCUGACCGGACCCUGCCUUACGUAACAGCAGGAACUUUCCGAAGCGUGGAAACGCACCUCCUGUUGCCCUUUCGUGUUGUAACUGUUCGUCUCAAUGGAUCGUUUUCUUCAAGGCCGUUCUGUGUUUCACGUGGUCAGGCAGGAGCGACCUGUGAAGUGAUGCUUGGACAUCAGAGGCCUUCAGGCCAGCUGUGGCAAUCAGAACUUGUCCAGAUGUUCGGUCCUGUUCGCCACCUCCGCUUUUCAUUCCCUCUCCUCCUGAACACCAACAUGGUUUGGGAGGGAAAAAAAAAACAAUCGUCUUUUGUUUGGUUGAAAUUUACUGGCAGAUUUUCCCCAACGACGACCAAACAAUGCAUUCUAAAUGUUUUUUAAACCCCCUGUAAGCUUCGUGACAGCAGCAGCGCUCCACUCAGAUUCAGACAGUUACAGCGGACUCCUGCUUUACCUUGUCCAACAGGAGAUUAUGUCAGUGGAAAUCUCUUAUCUGUGGCACUGCCGGCACAAAUGUUUGGGUAAAACAUAUCACACUGGUAGCUUUAAUGCUUUAAUGUCUCUGUGCAUCAGAAGCACUUCUGUAUUUAGGAGUGAAGGGCACAUUGAGCAGCUCUGGGUCAAUAUGAGCCUCCAUCUUGCACGCGCACACAGGCCUGUCACAAUUACUAAUUUUGCUGGAUGAUAAAUUGUUCCAGAAGUGACUUAGUGCUGUGAUUGGCAGGUUUGCUAAGAACCGUUUAAAUCCCAAAGUUACGUCAAAAAACAAACGUUUUUGCAAUCAGAUGUUAGCACAAAGCUUUACAGCUGGCAUGUCUGUUGACCCAAUAAACGGAUAAAAGUCAGCUCGCUGCUGGGAUAGAUAAGUUUGUUUAUAACUAGCAAACCUCAAAGUUUCCACAGAAUUCAGCUGGUAAUUAGUCUGGUUUUUUUUUCCCAGCUGCUCCACUGUUGUGUUUAACUGAAAAGCCGUAUUUUCAAAAGAUUGCAAAGAGUUUGUGAGAACGUCACACUCCUCUACUACUAUACCUAAAAUAAACAAAAUUGAAUCGGAUGCUAUUGCACUAGCAGUUCUAGUGAGAGCCGCAACACACCAUUUAAUCAGUUGGCUUCAAAAUGUCUUUUACUGCCAUAAAAGUGAUAUUUUUACUCAAAUGUUUACCGGCCCAUGUGGACCUGGAGAACUUUCGAUGUUUUUUUUUGGUCUGGGUAACCCACUGAGAUCCACUGUCGCUGUUUGAUCCCCGGCCACAAGACGUGAGCCGCGACAUUUUCCACAAGAGGUCAGGGUUCAUGAUCAAAGCCAAGUGGUUCAGGUAAUUGCACUGUCACUUUUAGACAGGUCCGGCCGUGUCACUGCGCCGCCGCGGUUUGAAAUCCUCGCAAAGCACAAACAUUGUCCUCCCAAUCAGUCAUCAAACUCGUUCAUACAGAGCGCUGUCUUUCUCUAUGUAAAUGUGUGAACUAAGGUUUUCCUGUGUAUUUGUGUACCGUAUACUGUACAGUAGAUUUGAACCUGUGUCUUUAGGGCCCUAUUCAGUCAAGGAAUCUUAUAUAAAGAAUGUUUACAGCAACUUUUUAAACUCACGCCUCAAAAUCACAGUAUACUUCUUGGCUGAUGAUGUUUUCAUUUGAACAUCUGGUUAUUAACUGCUUCUAAAACAUUUUUCUGAGAUAUUUAUACACCUGUACAGAGUUCUGCCUUUGUGUGUGUGUGUGUGUGUGUGUGUGUGUGUGUGUGUGUGCGUGCGUGCGUGCGUGCGUGCGUGCGUGCAUGUGUGUGUGUGUGUGUGUGUGUGCGUGCGUGCGUGUGUGUGCGUGUGUGUGUGUGUAUAGGUCAAAACUGUUAGUGAGAUGCUGCUUCUAUACUGCUCAUAUAAUGGAAUUACAUUUUAUACGGGAGGCCUGUAAUCAUAUUUAAAUCAUGACUAACAGGCCUUAUCAAUGUUUCUGCAGACGUUAUUCAUAUUUAAAUCAUGAACGACAGGCCUGUAUUUUUAUAAACAUAAACGGUUAGAGAACGGUGUAUGUUUUACGUGUUAGAAAAAUCAACCUUAUGAAAAAAAAAACAAAAAAACACUCUGUAGCAAUGUUAUUUCUGCCAAAUUUAACAUGCUGUUCAAGUGUAGCGUCUCAAUCCCAGAAAAAAACAAAACAACAACAACAGCUUGUUCAGUUCUGACUGAAUAGGGUUCCUCCCUGGGGUCACGGGGGUUGAAGGUCGUGGUGUUUUGUCCUGGCUGGGAUCUGUUGUACAAAAGUGUGAAUGUGGAACUGCACAAUGUAGCACUGCGGUCUCGCUCCGUGACUGGAGGAGCAGGCAGGAAGUCUUUUACAUGUAAAUACUGUGGAAGCUCGACUCGCAUCAGACCGCCGCCGCACUCUGUGACCGCCGCGCCGACCGGUCCAAAACGAAAGGCGCCGCCUCUGGUUUACUUAUCUUGACAGCAGGCCUUCUGCGUCUCACACCCACUCAAAACAUCCAGGACGUGUAUUUAUAUAUGAAACAUGCAUGACACUGACAUAACAUCACGCCUGAGUGAUGACGAAGAGUUUCUGUGAGUGAAAAACUGUUUUUUGUUUUGUUUUGUUUUGGUAUUUUAAAUGCUUGAAGCUUUUACAAUAAUCUGGUCUUUGUUCUGUUAUUGCAAACGUAAGGACAGCUUGUAACGGGGGAAGGUUCAUGGUUUCGAUGCGCGUCAAACAAUCCUGACACGGACCACAUUGUCUUCUUACUGGUUGGAUUUUAAAUAAAAUGUCAAAAGAACAUCAUGACUUAAUAGAAAUUAAGGGAUUUUUUUAAGGGAACCUUUAACAAUACGACCUUCGUUGCCUAACGUUGACAUUCCGCUUUAUUCUCAUUUCCCUUAAGUGGACCGCCUGGGAUUUUUCCCAUUCAGUUUGAUUUGGGGGGGAGGAAUCCUCCAAAGGUGAGGAAAAAAUUAUUAAAAUUAUAUCUUAAUACAUUUUUUUCAUCAGUAAUUUUCAUUUCUAUUUCUUUUUUUUCCAUUCAUUAUUAUAAAACAUAAUUUCAAAAGAUUUAUUGAAACACUAUUUGACAUGUUCUUCUUUCCGAUUGGGAUGAUUCUCCAAUUUACUCCAGCUGCUUUGCUCCUCUGGCAACUGGCGCAAAAUGGACAAGAACUCAUGGCCGACUGAAACACGUCAUCGAAUGUGUCAUAUUGUUUAAGGUUCCUUUUAAAAAAUAACCAAAUCCCACAAAAUAUUAAAAUGUUUAUGCACAUCAGGUUAUUCUCCUGUGCAGCACAAAUAUCACACAGAGUUAGGACAAAGUAGGAAGGAACCCCAACAUAAAGUGUCUUAUUGGGAAACUCUCUCGCCCCUCUGUGCCUACAUAUCAGCCUCUCUGGGCCUUUGGCAGCGACUCCACAGCAAUCUCUGCUGGAGGGAACGCAGAUCUUCCUAAAGAUGUUCCCCUCAUGACAGAGAGCGCUGGAAACCGGAGCUCAGCCGGGCCGACGCGGCGCCACCGGCUGAGCUCUGGGAAACACGAAAACCUGCAACGUUAUCACGGAGGUCAUUGAUAAUGCCGUUUAGAAAUCAAAUUACUGAUUUACUACAAAGUAGAACUACAUUCCAGAUGUGUUAUUAGAGAUGCUCCUUGUUUAUAUGAAAUAUCCUUUUUGUUGAGUUUUUUUGGGGGUUGUGGGGUUUUCACCUGCAGGAUGAGGAGGAGCAGUUAUUUAAACGGCACUUUGACGUGAGAGUAGAUCCAUGUGGGGACUGGAGUCAACGUUGGGGACAGUUAAAGUAUUUACAGUGCAGGAGAUUGUCGAAAUCACACACCGUCAGACCAGCAUGGAAUAAGCGUACCACGAAAUAUUGAAACCAGACACUUACAUACUGAAUAAAAAAACUUUUUUUUUUCUUCAUUUCUGAAGUUAAAUCAGAUCAAACUUUUCUCGUUUUAGCUUAGUUGGAAUUACCAAAAUUAUUUCUAUUUGCAAAAUGCCAGAAAACUUAAGAAGGUCUUUUUGGGGGGGCGGAAUAAAAAAAAAAAAAAAAAAGGUUUACAUACGUUCGGCCGGUGUUGGAGAUAACAGACUUAAACUGUGCAGCUUGGGUCAAACCUACAAACUUCUGACAGGUUGACCUAACUGUCAUCACACUAAAACCAAAUCAAGUUAAAACUUUUGAAUUCAAGGAUAUAACAUUACAAAAGGCAUCUCUAAAAACUAUUCUUGCAAGAUUUUCUGGCAUUUAACAAAUGGAAAUAAUUUUGGUCUGAUUGAACUUGAGACACUGAAGGGGGAAAAUAAAGUGACUGUAUUUUUAUUCAGUUCUCUGGUUCUGGCUGUAUUUACACUUUCUGACUGAGUCUGCUGAGAGCCGGCCAUCAGAACGCCCAGCGAUCUUCACACAUGUAACAUAAACUGUAAAUUAUUAUAUCGGACAAAGUGGUUUGUUUGAAUGCCUGUGAUGAAUAUUCUGUUAUAAUAACCUGGCGUGUUAUUCUAGCAUGUACCAAGUUUGCAUGUGUUGGAUUUUAUUUUAUUAUUAUUAUUAUUAUUAUUUAUUUAUUUAUUUAGCAGACAGGAUACACCGGUAGGUCGAAGCAACCAUUAAUUGCACUUUGUGUUAUUUCAAGGACUUGUUUGCCUUAAGUAGCUCACUGAUCAAUCUGGGAAUCAUGCAAUGCCUUCAGAUGUUCUAUUUAAAUAAUCAAUAUUCUCUUUUUCUUUCUUUUUUUAACUCCACCGAAACAUAGCCAGAGUUAGUCAUGAAGUAAAACAAUAAAACCAACGUUUUGUUGAAAGUUAUUUUUGUAGCAGGUCCUAAAUUUGAACAAUUUACAAUGUUUUUUUUUCUUUUUUUUUUUUUUUUUUUGUGCAUGAUGUUACCACACAAGAAAAAAUAAAAGAAAACGUUUAUUCCUAUAAACUCCUUCAAAUGAGGAGUUAAGAGAUUACAAGACUGCACAGAUUUCAGAGGAACAACAAAAGCCAAAAGCAACUGAUUAUUUUAAAAGACCGUAUCUGUAAGAAUUAUAAUAUUUGAAUAAAUAUUCAUAUGAUA